UUUUUAUUUUAUUUAUUUAUUUAAUUUAAUUUUGCAUUUAUUUCCAACAACUCACGACUCCGAAACCUCCAUAACCAAACAAAAACACAAUCAAUUCUUCAACCGAUUCAUCUUCUUCUUUCUUCUAUUACUCAACUCUAUCUUCUUCUUUCUUCUCAAUUUCAUUCAUUUCUCUCUCUCAAUGGGUAAUCAUUUCAUUUGUAUGUCGAAAAAGGAUUCCAAAGAGGUUGGAUCAAGAAGCAAGAGAAUCGGUGGUAGAUCACAGAGAAAGCUUGUUACUGAAGAAGAAUUGCAUCUUCAAGCAUUAUCCAUGGCACUUCAACAGCAUCAAUUGUCUCAGAGGUUUGAAGGCUCCAUGUCUAGGAGAAUCGGUUCAACUAGCUCUAGAAGACGCACUUUACCCGAUUCUGUACAACUCAACAACAACAACAACAACAAUAACAAACAGGAUCCAGAACUUCUGGUGAACAUUAAAACAAAGAAGUUUGUAUUAAUCCAUGGAGAAGGUUUCGGAGCAUGGUGUUGGUACAAGACUGUUGCGCUUCUAGAAGAAAUCGGACUGCAGCCUGUUGCCUUAGAUCUUACGGGAUCUGGAAUUGAUCUCACAGACAGCAAAAAUGUCACUACAUUGGAAGAAUAUUCAAAACCUUUAAAUGUUUAUCUUGAAAACCUUCCCGAGGACGAAAAGGUUGUUCUUGUUGGUCAUAGCAUUGGCGGUGCUUGCGUUUCUUAUGCAUUGGAACAUUAUCCACACAAGAUCUCAAAAGCGAUUUUCCUCUGUGCUACAAUGGUGACCGAUGGUCAGAGACCGUUUGAUGUUUUUGCUGAUCAGCUAGGAUCAGCUGAACAGUUUAUGCAAGAAUCGAAGUUUCUGAUCCAUGGUAAUGGUAAAGAAAAGCCUCCAACAGGAUUUAUGUUUGAGAAAGAGCAGAUGAAAGGCUUGUAUUUUAAUCAAUCCCCAGCAAAGGACGUUGCUUUAGCCAUGGUUUCGAUGAGACAAAGUCCUAUUGGUCCAAUCAUGGAGAAGCUGUGUUUAUCUCCUGACAAAUACGGUACAGCCCGCCGUUUUUACAUUCAAACACUGGAUGACCGCGCUCUUUCACCAGAUGUCCAAGAGAAGCUUGUGGGGGAAAAUCCACCUGAAGGAGUUUUCAAAAUCAAAGGCAGUGAUCAUUGUCCAUUCUUCUCCAAGCCACAAUCUCUUCACAAGAUUUUAGUGGAAAUAGCUCAAAUUCAGUAGCUUAAUGAUCAACAAUACAUGAUUUGUUACUUUAUUGGAAGAUGAAUUUAUUUUAUUUUUUAUAAUCAUGAUAUAUAAUAGAGGAAGAAUAUGAUUUUAUUGCCUUUGAGACAAUGUAGAAUUCUACUAGUGAAGGAGUUCUGUAAACUUCUAUUUUAUUUUUGGCUCA